AUGAAAAUGAAGAUGCUUCGCCUCCGGAGCCCCAGCGUCUCCUCGCUCGGCCCCGAGCUCCGCUGCACGGUGCGCCUGCUGGACGACUCCGAGAUCUCCUGCAGCAUCCAGAGAGACACAAAAGGGCAGUUUCUACUGGAUCAUGUGUGCAACCACUACAGUCUGCUGGAGAAGGACUACUUUGGCAUUAGAUAUGUGGACCCAGAGAAGCAGAGGCACUGGCUGGACCCCAGCAAACCCGUGGUCAAACAGAUGAAAUGUCAGCAGCCCUACACCAUGUGCUUUCGGGUCAAGUUCUACCCCCAGGAGCCGAUUAAGAUCAAGGAAGAAUUGACAAGAUACCUGUUGUACCUCCAGCUGAAGAGAGAUCUGUACCAUGGCAGACUCCUGUGUCCGUUUGCAGACGCUGCUUACCUUGGAGCCUGUAUAGUUCAAGCUGAGCUCGGAGACUAUGAUGCAGAUGAGCAUCCAGCUGACUAUAUCAGCGACUUCAAGCUCUUCCCCAAGCAGAGCCUCAAACUAGAGCGCAAGAUCAUGGAGAUCCACCAGAAUGAGCUGAGGGGUCAGUGUCCAGCCCUGGCUGAACUGAACCUGCUCCAGAGAGCUCACACGCUCGACACGUAUGGGGUCGACCCACAUCCCUGCAAGGACUUCACGGGGACAACAGCAUUUCUCGGAUUCACUGCCCGGGGCUUCAUGGUUUUCCAGGGAAACAAGCGGAUCCACUUGCUCAAAUGGGCUGAUGUCAGCAAAUUUAAGUUUGAAGGGAAAACAUUUUACGUGAUUGGAGUACAGAGAGAGAAGAAACUUGUUUUGACAUUCCACACCUCCACACCAGCAGCCUGUAAACACCUUUGGAAAUGUGGCGUGGAAAAUCAGGCAUUUUACAAAUGUGCAAAAUCGAGUCAGAUCAAGACCGUCUCCAGCAGCAGUAUAUUUUUCAAAGGGACCAGAUUUCGCUACAGUGGUCGUGUUGCUAAAGAGGUGAUAGAAGCCAGUUCAAAGAUCCAGAGGGACCCUCCGGUCGUUCACAGGUCUCAGUUGGGCCAGAGCAGGAGCUAUAACUCCCUCAGCCAUAAACAACUCAUAAUGAACAUGGAGCCUCUACUACCAGCACUGAGCUCAACCAAGGAACACAGGGACACCUCUGCAGAUAACGGCCUUCUGGCUCUGAAAGACUCUGUUCACUUAUCUCCCCUGAAGCCGUCCAUCACACCAGAAGAGGUGGAGCUGGAGGAAAUAGACAACCAUGUCCACGAGCUGGGAGAGGAGGAGUCGGCCGUUACUGGGACGGGAGCAGAGGUAGAGAGGAGAGAGCAGGAGGUGGAGGAGGAUGAGGAAAUGGGUUCUCUCACCAUCUCUGACAUGGCCUACAGCCCAUGUGCCAGUAUGCUCCCCACGCCUGUCGAAGAAGGGCAGGGCGGAGUGGACUUUCUAUUCCAAAGCCCUGGCCGCUUGCUGAAAGAACUCCACUCUGACCCCGAAAUGCAGGAGGAGCUUCAGGCCGAGAGGGAGCGGGAAUUGGCCAGAGAGGCCCUCCGUCAAUCGCUGUGCAGCCCAUCCAGUGGGCGGCAGCAGCUUGGAGCCUGCAUCCGCAGCGCCGCCCGCCUGGUUGCCGCAGCUACGGUCAUCCUCCUGAUCUUACUGCCCCUGCUGCUGGUGUUGCUGGAGUCCGACUUAGACGUCUCCUUCCUGCAGGACAUCCGCCAGACGCCUGAAUUCGAGCAGUUCCAUUACGAAUACUACUGCCCCCUGCGCAGAUGGUUCCUCUGCAAGCUUGAGCUCCUGAUGGAGCAGCUGUGGGGAGACUGAGGCUAAUAGCUAACGGCUAAUGGCCCUCCAUCAGCAGGGAUGAACUAACGGGACAU